AUGGCACACGAUCACGCCCAUAACGCUCCGCCAUCCGAGACGGCGAUGAGGGUGAAGGCCCUGGAGACGCUCCUCAACGAAAAGGGCCUGCUCGACCCGGCCGCCAUCGACGCCCUGGUGGAGACCUACGAGAUCCGCGUCGGUCCGCGCAACGGCGCCAAGGUGGUGGCGCGGGCGUGGACGGACCCGGAUUACAAGCAGAGGUUGCUCGCAGACGGCACGAAGGCGAUCGCCGAGCUCGGCUUCAGCGGCGUGCAGGGCGAGGACAUGGUCGUCGUCGAGAACUCCGACGAGGUGCAUAACCUGGUCACCUGCACGCUCUGUUCCUGCUAUCCGUGGCCGACUCUCGGGCUGCCCCCCAUCUGGUACAAGAGCGCGCCAUUCCGGGCCCGCUCGGUCAUCGAUCCGCGCGGCGUCCUCGAGGAGUUCGGCGUCGAGGUGUCCGAAGACAUCGAAGUGCGGGUGUGGGACAGCAACGCGGAGCUCCGUUACCUGGUGCUGCCGCAACGGCCGGCCGGCACGGAGGGAAUGAGCGAGGACGAGCUGGCGGCGCUGGUAACCCGCGAUUCGAUGAUCGGCACGGCGCUGGUCGAAGCGCCCGCCAGCUAG